UUCAAAAUACUGCAGCAGAGAGCAAACUAGUUGUGAAUUUAAUAGGUGUUCGUUAAUCAAGCGAAAUUCAACUCUGUCAGUCUCUGCAUGGAAUCCUUAUGGGCGCGCUUUUCAAAAUCAAGCGAGCGAUGUUUCAUAUCAAGUAGUUUAGCUUGAAGGCAAGAGUUGAAUUGUGAUGUGUCAGUCUCCUACAGUACUAUGGCGUUGUUUUCGUUUCCACAGCAGAUAUCAGUCCGGCAAGUUUUUCCUGUCAAAUUCGGCUUUAAACACAGCAAUGAUUGGAUUGAGGUCGAACGAACGUAACACAUCGACGACAUGUGCACCACAACUUAUUAUUGUGGAAGGAAACAUCGGGGUUGGCAAAUCCACUCUGUCUUGUCAGUUAGCUAGAAAGCUCAACUAUCGCGUCUUUUUGGAACCCACAACGAAGAAUCCUUACUUGGAAAAGUUCUACAAGGAUCCGAAGAGAUAUGCUUUAAAACUACAGUUAUGGAUCUUCAAACAACGAUUCAGGACUUACAUUGCAGCAACCAAACAUGUCCUUCAAACCGGCCAAGGAGUGCUGUUAGAUAGAUCAGUUUUCAGUGAUACAGUAUUUGCUGAUGUGAAUUUUCAACAAGGGACAAUAUCUCUAGAAGGUUAUGAAUAUUACAAGGACUUGAAGAAAAAAGCUUUACAGUCAGUUCCAAUUCCUCACACUACCCUGUAUCUUGAUGUCUCUCCUGAGACUUGCCAUGAGCGCAUCCGUAGACGAGGAAGGGAUUAUGAAAGUGGGAUUCCCCUAGAAUACCUUAAAGGACUUGAUGCAUCCUAUAAAAAGUUCUUGGAGGAAAUGAGAAAUGUUAGAUCCAGAGUUUUGGAAUAUAAUUGGACAGAUUUUGGAUAUAACUUUGAAGUUGCAGAAGAUAUUAAAAAUGGUGUUGUUUCAAGCUGGAAGGAAGAAGAUCUAUAUGUCUUUAACAAACUAGUAUCAGAUGAAUCACUCAUCAAGGAAGCAUUGAUGCUAAAUCAUUUUGUUCCAGAGGCUGAUAUCAGUGAGGAAGAAGAGGAUGAUACUUCAACAGUAGAACCACAAUCCCAGCCUACAUGUAAAUCAAAGCAAAUCAGUGAGACAUCAAAUGCAAGUUCAUCGCAGAAGUUAGAGUCAUAUUUGGAAAGUUAAUUGCUGUAACUUCCUUAACUUAGUUAAAAAGUCCCAAUCUUAACAAUUUUGCUAAAACGCUAUGUAUUUAUUGUGAUCUGCUAAACUUUUAUAAAUUUCAUAUCUUAACAGCACAAUCUUGGUUGUUAAUAGACAAAAAAACCAGAUUUGUAAAGAUCCAAUUUUUGGUGAAAGAUAGUUCCAUGAUCACAAACACAGAAGUGAACAACAUUAUAGUGCAUUUUCAAUAUUGAAAUUAAAAGCUUUUAAAAAUGUUUUUUAUCAACUGAUAAGAAUGUUGGACAAAAUUAUACAUUCUUUCUAAUCAUUUUAAAGAGUCAACUGGGUUAUUUAUGUGUAUUUUAGGCUUGAAUAGCCCAGGAUUCAAAUUUCACCUCGCAACAAAGGUUGUUAUUGCCAUUAUACAGAGUGAAGCUACUUUGCCUAGGAAGAGUUUACUUUGUCAA